AUGGAGGUGCAGAUUGAAACAAGCUCGGUUCGAAGGACUCUAUUCGGGCCUGUAGAUCACGAACAGCUGCGGAAAGAUCUGAGCCGGCGAUUGCGGGACAUCACCGAGCAGGACAGCCGGCGAUGGAAUUUUGAUUUCUACAACCACGCGCCUCUGUCCGGGCGGUUCCAAUGGGAGCCGGUGUCUUCGGAGUGCGCGGCAGAGUUCUAUGGUCUGGAUCGAAGGGAGUCUACAAAGAACCAGAGCAGACCUGCAGCAGGAGAGGAAGUGGAGGAGGUGGUGGAGGUGGAGGUGGAGGUGGAGGAGGUGGACGAGGAGGACGGACUGAGGCCCAGAGAGGGGGACAUCCCGAAUGGAGAUCAGGAGAAUUGCCCGCGGGUCUUCAACACGUGUCUGGCAGAUGUGACGUCGCCGAGAAGGAAGAGGCCGCGCUCCAGGUCUACGCGCAAGGAACAGCAGAAUGCACGUAUCACAGAUUUCUUUGCCAAACGCAGACGGAGCACAGAGACCAAGAGCGUCCUGGGCCCGUUCCUGUCCCAGAGCACAGAGGCACCACUCCGGACCAUCAGAUAG